CCGUCGUUGUGGUGGGACUGCCGCUGCCGACUCUGCCCCCCUUGGCUUGCAGUCUCCACAGCACCUCUUGUUUUUGUGUGAGAGCCACCACUUAAACACUUCACACGCCUGGAGACAUUUACGGAUAAAGUAGCCUGUCUGCUUUGUGGAAGGAGCUAAGGCUAAGUUGCGGAUAAAUGAAGAGACAGUGUUUUUAGAGGUAGAAGACCGACGGCUUCCCCGUCUUUACUUCCAACCAGCGUUAAAUCUACUUUGAUGCAACCGCUUAGCUUACAAGCUAACAGGGAAUGUUUUCAGAAACUAGCUAGCCAUUCGGUUAGCCUGUUAGCUAGCUAAAUCGGAUGGAGAAAUUCGCUGUAUAGAUUUACCAAACAGUUAUAAUGAUACUUUAUUGGUCGGUACAUUAGCCAAGUGAAGAGCUAUGGCAACGUCUCAAACUGGGUAUGUUGAAUGUUUAGGGAUCCAGUGCCCGCUUGGUUUCUAAAAUUAGUAGGGACAAUAGUUCAGGCAACAAGUCUGGCACACACUCCUGUUUUAACGCUAGUCAAGUUUGUACUCUUUGUGCUAUGUUGUUAUUUGUUACCGUUUAGUUGUAGUUAGUUAAACACGAGCACGCUGUGGUGAAAAUUAGUUUUUUUUGCAAAGAAAAGGUAAUGUUAAUCAAAGAAAAGUAGGGUGCCACUUUAAUGUGAGAUCCUCAUUUUAAAGUGGAUCGGGUCACUCUGGUGUAAAGGAGAAACCGAUGUCAGUUAGUCGAUACAACUGUUGACGAGGAGGCGAAGUGGGUGCACAUUAUAAAUCGCCCACAUGCUUUGGAUCAGUUCCCGGACUUGUGAAAGGCAUCUGAAGCAGAAGGUGGGAGACGUGAGCGCACAACUCUUGCAGCCCGGGGGAAGAUGGCGGAGCGUUCCCGCAGGAGGUGGUGAAACCAUAACUUGGGGACUUCUUGGAUUUAUCGCCACUUAUCUUACCCCAGAUCGUAGGACACAUGCAGGCCAAAAAACGGUACUUAACUCUGUUCUCCGCCGGCGCUUGUCUCAUUCUGUUGUUUUGUUUUGGAGGGAUACAAGUCCCGCUAUCCAGAAAGGGUCCGAGCCGGCGUGAUGACCGCAGUCUCGCCGGUUAUCAUCCCGGGGCGCGGUGGCGUCGCUUCUCGGCGUCCCUGCAGCCUUUUAGCUCCUGGGAGAAAGACCAGAGCGAGAGUCACAAUGAACACAUAUCUCCCAGACAGAAGAGGGACGCUAUCUCAGGCGUUUACACUGGAAAACGCUGCAGAAUGGAGACCUGCUUUGAUUUCUCCCUGUGUCAGAGGAAUGGAUUUAAAGUUUACGUCUACCCACAGCAGAAAGGGGAGAAGAUGUCAGAAAGUUAUCAGAACAUUUUAUCCUCUAUCGAAGGAUCCAUGUUAUAUACGCCUGACCCAGGACAGGCAUGUCUGUUUGUUCUGAGUUUGGACACUCUGGACCGGGACCAGCUUUCCCCCCAGUAUGUACACAAUUUGAAAGCAAAAAUCCAGAGCCUUCAUCUGUGGAAUGGGGGCAAAAACCACAUCAUAUUCAACUUAUACUCCGGCACCUGGCCAGACUACACAGAAGACCUUGGCUUUGACAUCGGCCUCGCCAUGUUGGCCAAGGCCAGCAUCAGCACCGAGAACUUUAGGCCCAACUUUGACGUUUCUAUCCCUCUUUUCUCUAAAGACCAUCCUAGGACAGGAGGUGAAAGGGGCUACCUGAAACAUAACACCAUUCCCCCUUAUAGGAAGUACAUGCUUGUUUUUAAGGGGAAGAGGUACCUCACAGGAAUAGGUUCAGACACUAGGAACGCUUUAUAUCAUGUUCAUAACUCAGAGGAUGUGGUCCUCCUCACCACCUGUAAGCAUGGGAAGGACUGGCAGAAGCACAAAGAUGCACGCUGUGAUAAAGACAACGCAGAAUAUGACAAGUAUGACUACAGAGAGAUGCUGUACAACUCGACGUUCUGUCUGGUACCUCGAGGACGACGGCUGGGUUCUUUUCGCUUUUUAGAGGCUUUGCAGGCAGCUUGUGUGCCAGUGAUGCUAAGUAAUGGCUGGGAGCUUCCCUUCUCAGAAAUCAUUGAUUGGAAUACGGCAGCCGUGAUUGGGGAUGAAAGGCUGCUGUUACAGAUCCCCUCAACAGUGCGCUCCAUCCACCAGGAUAAGAUCCUGUCCCUUAGACACCAGACCCAGUUCCUAUGGGAGGCUUAUUUCAACUCUGUGGAAAAGAUAGUGCUGACCACACUGGAGAUGAUCCAGGACCGGGUACUGCAGCACACGUCGAGGAGUAACCUCAUGUGGAACAGUCUGCCUGGAGGCCUUUUCACCCUGCCUCAGUACUCUACAUACCUGGGAGACUUCCCCUUCUACUAUGCUACGCUGGGUGUUAAGCCAUACACCAGGUUUACAGCGAUCGUUCAUGUGGUGAGCCCACUGGUCUCCCAGUCCCAGCCAGUCAUGAAGCUGCUUGUUGUUGUGGCCAAAUCCCAGUACUGUGCUCAGGUGAUAGUUGUGUGGAACUGUGACAAGCCUCUUCCUGCCAAGCACCGCUGGCCUGUCACCUCAGUACCUGUCAUUGUUAUAGAAAGCGAAAGCAAGGUGAUAAGCAGUCGUUUCCUGCCCUACGACACCAUCCCCACUGACGCUGUACUCAGUCUAGAUGAGGACACUGUGCUCUCCACCACAGAGGUGGACUUUGCCUUCACAGUGUGGCAGAGUUUCCCAGACCGCAUUGUUGGUUACCCAGCUCGCAGUCACUUCUGGGACAGCAACAAGGAGCGUUGGGGCUACACUUCCAAAUGGACCAACGAAUAUUCCAUGGUGCUGACUGGGGCUGCCAUCUAUCACAAAUACUACCACUAUUUGUACACCACCUACCUUCCAGCCAGUCUGAAGACCAUGGUUGACCAGAUGUCAAACUGCGAGGACAUUCUGAUGAAUUUUCUGGUGUCCUCUGUGUCUAAACUACCACCCAUCAAAGUCACCCAGAAGAAACAAUACAAGGAGACCAUGAUGGGACAGAGCUCCCGGGCGUCUCGCUGGGCCGACCCCGACCAUUUUGCCCAGCGUCAGACCUGCAUGAACAAGUUUGCCAGCUGGUUUGGCACCAUGCCCUUGGUCCAUUCUCAAAUGAGGCUGGACCCAGUCCUGUUCAAAGACCAGGUGUCCAUACUUCGGAAGAAGUACAGGGACAUCGAGAGGCUAUAACCCUCCAAAGCCCCCCGCUCUCUGGACACAACAAAGACAGAGCGAGGGGGCGGACACAUAGAGAAACGCAGAGCCUCUUCGUGAUUGCAUGGCCAGAUUGAUGCAGAAGCAAAUAGAAAGAGAGAAGGAAAAAAAAAACUGGAACAGAUGCGGAGGACACCACAUUCAUUGGUCUCCUCUGUGUCCAUUUGUCCUGUCUACCCUUUCUCUUCUGUAUUGGGGGAUUGCUGAGCACACGGGUCCCACUAUAUAUACACACGUGAAUACCACCAACUGAAGGACACCUGAGGACUUUCAAACUGCUCCACUUUAAACCGAAGUGGGUAAAGUCCUGGAGUUGGAAGUCAUAGCUUGCUGCUUCUGUGUCCCAACAGUGGCUAACCAGUCCCAACUCCAACCUGUCUGUCCUGCUCUGUACACUCUGCACAGCUCCGUCAAAGUUUUUGAUGACAGAAUAGUAUUAAUAAUUAUGACUAUGAAGAGGAUAACACUAUUUUGCAUUGUGAGUAGGUAUUUUUUAUAUACAGUGAAUGAAUGGCCAGUACUACUACUAUAUCUGUAUUGUCUUAAUUAAAAACCAAUAGCAGAGUGGGUGAGGAGAGGAAUGACAGCCCCUCGACCACAGGACUGAGUUCUGAUUGUUGUUCUGAUAUUCACAGUGCCUCAUGUUUAUCUAAUGGCGUUGGGAUCUUGGAGUCUAAGAAAAAGACAUGGUGCAGAAUGAGCACCUUGAUCUAGCUGCUUUCUGUUUUUUUGUGUUUUGUUUUUCAUAAUUUGCUUAAUGGUUGAUGGGGUAAUGGAUCUUGUAGUAAAUUCUUCGGGCCAGCAUUCACAUGGUUUCCUUGCUGAAAUGAAAAUGAUUUGUAUUCGGUUGACAAACAAAACAAUCAUGUUCCAUUCAGAACACGUUCCUGGUAAAACUACAACAGUGUCACACAACUAGCUAGAGCUUUCUAAAUUUGCUAUAUGGUAAUAGGUAUCCACAGGAACUGAAUAGACAUGCAGACAUUGUUCAAUGGAAUUCUCUAUUUUCGUUUGAGCAAAAGUCUUGUUCAUGUGUCUUUUUUUCCCCCCAUUUGUAAAUGCUUAUAUGACAAGCUACAAUCGGUACUUGUAUGCUGCGUCAAAGGACAAUAGAAGAUCACAAGAGUUGCCUUGGUUAAGGUAGUCAAGCUAAGGAUCAGCUGUGAAAUCUACGGAUCUUUUAGGCUUGGUUGGUAAAGGAUAUUUAAAUAUGGUUAUUGACUUUAUGCCCUGGACCCAGUUUAAUUUUUUCCAAUGAUAAGUUUGGCAGUAGGCUGACCAACACUUAGCCGGGGCUAACACUGCUUACAUCUAGGAGCAUCAUAUAGUGCUUGAUGCUUCCAGAGUCAGAGUUGGCGUCAUACUUAAGUGACUACUGUAUUUUCCCCACUUGUUAUGAACAAAUAUGACCAGACUGACAAGAAUUUUCCCCAAGCAUUUGUGAUACUGUUAAAUGGCAUAUGGAGAACAUAUGAGAUAUGUGCUAUGAAGUAAUUAUCUCUCAUUUGUGGUAGUGCUUCAACAUAAAUACAUGUAAUUAGAAGCCUCUCAAUGUCCUUUAUGUGUGCAGAAUGGCUGUUUGUAUCUCUGAUAAUCAAAGAUUUAAACUGUCAUUCCUCUCAGAGAUAUAGAUUGGCAAUGUGCUCUGGCCAUAUUCACAAGGCCAAGUCUUCUUAAUCUGAGACUUGGAUCUCCUUUACUGUAAAAGGGUACAUUGAAAGUGUCAGUGGAACAUGAAAUUGUUUUUUUUUUUCUAAGAAGGAUCACGAGGCUAAUUUACUUCAACACUUUCUAAAUGGUUGGAUCAACGAUCACAGCUUCAUUUAUUUUUCUGCCUUGACAUGUCAUAUCAGGUUAUCUGAAAAUGUUAACAGAAUUUGAUCAAUUUAGAAUGUGCAUGUGUGUUUUUAAAUCACAGUGCAUCAUGAGUUUAAAGUCUAUCUGUGUAGGAAGUAUCCCUCCAAAGCCAGCAACUUUUCAUUAGAAAUCGAACCGCACCGCCCCCGACACCUCCUUUGGUAGCUUCAGCUUUAUGUCUGAGGAAGAUAAAUUAUGAUUUUGGGAAGGCUUUACCGUUAUGUACCCUUCACCACAAAAUGUGCCAACAGAUCAUAUAUGUUUUUGCUUUUUUUUUUCAUCUGACACAAGAAUGCCAUGCAUUCACAUUUAUUUUUUGGUUCAUUAAAAGCAUGUCAUCUCUAUAUAAGAAAGUAAAAUGUAUAAGCGAGCGGGGGAAGGGAUGAAAAGAGUGUGUAUGUGUGAGUGAAGGGGUACUGCAUGGUAUUUUUCACCUCAGAGAAUGUUCUAUCAGCUUCAGAGCAAAGAAACAAUCCUAGUACUAAACACAGUGCUAUCAAGACAACUGAUUACGGUCAAAGAAAAUCACAUUUCAGAAAUGAACUUGGUGCAAUAUUUAAGAUUACAUGUUCUCUAUCUCUUUCUCUUAACCUGUAUUAUGUUUCAGAGGGCAGGGGGUUGUACAUUGAUGUGCCUUCAGAAGAAAUACACUUAGUAGUUUUUUUUUCUUAUCUGCCUUGUGCAAGAAACAGGUCCCUGUUUUCAUUUGAUAGUUGUUGUUUUUCUUCAUCAAUAUGCCCAUAAUGACUCCCUAAAUGAUAUUGUUUAACACUGGAAUGCUACUGAGACUUAUCACCACACAUCUGAUACUGACAUUCCUGCCUUUUCUGUUGUAGGAACUUCUUUUUGACGUACUGCCUUGUAUUACUAUAUUUUCAAGGGGCCGUUAGAGGCGCCCUUCUCCUGGUUGUCACAAGUAUAGUAAUACAUGUAACAAAUAAAUAUUUCUCUCAUACACAGUAUUUAUCAGACAGGAUUGUGUUCCGGCUGAAUCUCUCCCUGCUUCCUUCCCUCUCUUGCGUAACGUAAGACCUAAUUUUAUAGAGAUUAAAAUGGAAAGUUAGAGGGGG